GAGCGCUACAGGCCUGCGAAAAGCUCGUGGGCAAAGGGAUAAGCGCCGGGCGCGAUGCCUGGGCGCAAAACGGCAAAUCUUGGCGUCCUCGGCGAGUCGCGCGUGGUCAUCUUCCAGCUCCAAGAGUUCGGGCCAAGAGCUUCGGAGCACUCGCGGCGGACUCACUGACGUAGAGUCCACUCACUGUUGCGAGAAUCUGAGGAGAUGGGACAUCAGCAGGCAGAAGCGGCGCCAGUGGCAAAGGCCGAGGAAAAUGACAAGGACAUUGCGGUCUACGGCAGAAAGUUGUCAGGAAUUGUCCUGAUUCCCAGCAUCUUCUCCUUCAUUCUAGUGCGGCCUCUGCCGGAGCGAUGCGGAGCUCCUUCCUGUGUCCGGAGUCAACCUGUGCUUUCGUCGCUCCCCUCGGGACUUAUGAUUGAGCUGGUUGUGUCGUAAGCUCUUGGGUUCAGAUGGCAGCGUGAUGAGUACCGAAAUCAUCCGGAGAAACAUUAUCCACGAGCUUGGAGAUUACGUGAGCGGUUGACUUUCUGCCGCAGUGUCUUCCGCCUCAUGAAUGAGGAGCUAAAUGUCAUGAAGGCUUUAAGCUGCACUCCAGCCAAUCUUUGGCGUCCGUAGUCCUUGAAGUGAACACAUGCUGGGAAGACAGGAGACGUAAGUCAGUGGGGGCAGAUGACUCGGAAGGACUACAUUGGGAACGAAUAUAUGGGUCGUUGAGCCGUCUCAACGAAUCAUAUAUUGUAGAGCUCAGCAGGGGCUUGCGGUGCUCAUUCCACCACUGAGUCUUGUUCACUAUGGGUGACGAGCGGAGGCCCUCGGUGAGCAUGGAAGCUGGAGACCUUGGCGUUGGUGACAAGGAGGGAUUGAGUAGGCGCUUCAAUGGCAGCGGGCAGGAUAUUGAGGCACCGGUAUCAGUGCCCUCUCAGCCUGAGGAAAAGGAUGCGCCGGAGGCAGAGCCUGUCGAGGAAAUUGUAGAUGUUGGGUACAAGGAUAUAGCUAAACAAUUUUCUCUCUUAGGAUGGACAGCUUUUGGUGGUCCAAGUGCUCAUAUCGCGUUGUUUGAAAAGCGCCUUGUUGAGAAACUGCACUGGAUGAGUUUGGACAUAUAUGCAGAACUAUUUGCUCUGGGUCAGUGCAUGCCUGGACCAACAUCCACUCAAGUGUCAUUUGCAAUCGGCACUAUAAAGAAGGGAGUUAAAGGUGGACUGCUAUCUGGAGUUCUAUUCCAGUAUCCUGGUGCUAUAAUCAUGUGUUGUAUCGGAGUCUUUGCGGCUAAGCAGUUAGAGAACCCCCGAGCUGCUUUGGAUGGCAUGGUUGCCGGUGUAUCAGCUGUGGGUGUUGCAUUAGUGGCCUCUGCUGCAAAGUCCAUGGCUUCCAAGCUUUGCAGAGGCCCUCUUCUAGCCUCUUUAUGUACAAUAGCUACCAUUGUGGCAUACUAUUGGCCCAAAGCCUACACAUUUCCUUGUCUCAUAAUUGCCGGAGGUUUAGUAACGCUUUUGUGGGACGUCUGGAAGAAGCAACCCUUGCCAGAUAUAAAGGUCCGAGAUCAGUCUGUGCGCUCUCACGGAGUUAGCAUGCCCUUCGGUGGUCUUUUGUUGAUAAUCUGGAUAACUGUUCUCGUCGUUUCGAUUGUGCUGGUUAGUGUCCUGAAUAAUGCUCCCGAGUUACUGCGCUUGUGGGAAGUAUUCUACAGAAUCGGUUCCAUCAUCUUCGGCGGUGGGCAGGUGGUGUUACCCAUGCUCUAUGAAGGUGUGGUUCAAAGAACUUGUGAUACAAACGGAGUAUGUGUUGACAGAGCAAACACCUGGGUAACCAGCAAGCAGUUUUAUGCGGGCCUUGGUAUAGUGCAAGCACUUCCUGGUCCUUUGUUCAACUUCUCUACUUACCUCGGCACGAUCAUGGCUUUAAACGGAGGAUUUGUGUUCAUUUCUGGUGCUGCUCUUGCAUGGUUUGGUCUGUUUCUACCUGGUAUUUUGCUGAUAUUUGGAAUCAUGCCAUUUUGGGGUCAUUUUCGGAGAUGGUCAAUCUAUAGAAGGGCGCUACCUGGCUUCAAUGCGGCUGGUGUUGGUCUUAUUGUGACCAGUGUGUUCUCGUUAACGUUUGGAGCUCUUGAGCAAACUGCCUUCCCAAAGACCAGCUUGUGUCUAGGUAUUCUCGCAUUUACUGCUGUGGAUCAACUGAAGUGGUUCGAGCCUCUAGUUGUAAUACUAGGAGGCAUACUAGGUAUAUGUGCAUGGGCUGUCAGUAUGGAUUAAUACAUAGUAAAUUUUCUCUCAUUAUCCUUCUGCUUUUGACGAGGAUUUGGCAGCGAUGAGAAUCUGAUGAAAAUUUGUAUGUUAUUACAUGAUUUUCAUGUUUUUCGAUCAAAUGUAAAUCAUGUAAUCAAAUUUACACCGUAUUCUACGUUUGUGCGGUAGACUCUAGCUUACUUUUUCACUUGAUAACUCGAUUGAGUCUGGAGAUUGACUAGUUGGGCAGUCAUGUACAAUGUCAGCUCUCUGCUUCUCCGUGUUACGUGCGGGGAGUCCACAGUUAUCACUGGUUAAUUGGUGACAUAGACUUAGAAGAACUCUUCGGGGGUAGUACUCUGUUUCAAGGGCCAGCACACUAAUCCUAGGCUUAUAUCAAGUGUGGUGGCCACCGAUCAACUUAUCUGCCCCAGGGUUUUAUGAAGAUGGCAGCUCGUUGGACUCGACGCAAUAUGAGUCGAGAAUGCCAUUCAGGCAACUGACAUGUGCUUACUUCAUCAAGUUUGAUUGAUAUUCUUGGUGUUUUUGAAGAUAACUAAAUGUCAUGGUAUACUUUAACAUAUAGAUCCUUUGACUCAGAUACUUGGGGUAUGUAAGUGGCAGUAAUACAUAUUUUCCCAUUUGUCAUGCUAUUGGGGAGAUGAGGUCUGUCCCCAUCUCACCAGUUUGGUUUCAUCCACGGAGUACUUGCUGGGUCUUCCAUGGUUCCUUCCCAUUUCAAUUCUCGGAUCCCUUGUUCCUUUCCGGAGACACUGCCGUGUGAUGUGCAAAUGGCAACCCUGGCAGGCUGAUCUGACAGCAAUCGACUUGAACACUAGUUGCGUGAGAAUGUACGUCGGAUGUUGAUACAACAGAUCACUCACGCAGAAUCCUCGUUGGACACGUGCUGUGUCAUCGUUGACUUUUGGCGACCCAGAGGUCUAUCUGCUCCAUCGCAGUGACAGCGACCUUUUGCAUCCCGUACAACAUAUCCGUCACAUGUCUAAUUAUUGCUUAGAGUUUACACCUUGAGCCCAAACUCUGGCCUUUUGGCACUCUGGAAAGAAUGUGACUUUCUCUGACUCAAUUGGAUUUGUGAACAGAUGUCCUAUUUUAUGAACUAUCUUUCACAGAACGAGUAGUCACGUGAUCAAUGCAAGUGAAUGUGGAAAAUCCUUUGAUUAAAAAAAAUUGAGAAGAAGAGCAAGGAUAUGAAACUUCAAUUUCUGUACUCAACUCCGUCAACUGUACUUGCCAAACUUCCCUGCAGGGUGAGGGCCUCCUUUCAGUGUAUGGAUU